AUGGCUUCCCGGAGUGAAGAAGAGAGAAUUAGUAGAUGGCUGGAGGAAGAAGACUCCGAUCCUAGUGAUAUAGCAGAGAGUGACCCUGAAGAUCGAUUGUUAGAAGAGGAAUGGUUGGAAGAAUCCCAGCACGAUACGGACACGGAACAGGAAGGAAAUAGCACAGAGUCCGACCUGGAACGAGGUAUGAUUACCACCCAUGAAUCCGAUUUAGAUUCCGAUGAUAUACCCCUAAGUUCACUUAGAGACCAAUAUUAUACGUCCAAAAAUGGUACUAAAUGGAGGAAAACGCCUUAUCCUGUCACAAGAACACGUACUUGUAAUAUUCUUACGGAACGAGCAGGGCCUAAAGACGCAGCCAAAAAUGCGAAGUCCGAGCUAGAAUGUUUUGGACUGUAUUUUGAUCAAUCUAUUAUAGAGAUCUUAGUAAACUCCACUAACAUCUAUAUUGAGCACGUAAAAUCCAAAUUUUAUAGAGACAGAGAUGCUAAAUUGACAGAUAUUUUAGAGAUUAAAGCAUUCCUUGGCAUGCUCUUUGUGAUGGGUGUCCAUAAAUCCGGAAGACGGAACUUGGAGGAUUUUUGGAAUACGAACCGAGGUACAGGUACCGAAUUAAUUUAUCUCGUCAUGUCACUAAAAAGAUUUAGAUUCCUGCUACGAACAAUACGAUUCGACAAUAUAAGAGACAGAGACUACAGGAGAGAUUGGAAAUAUGCUGAAAACACAAACGAAAAUUGGAUUUUACAGUAA